CUGGUGGCCGCCAACAUGACCUUCCAGCCUACCAAGCUCAUCCAGCUCAAAAGCACAACAGCACAGCGCACGAUGGGCUACGCAGCUCCCGGUGGGGUGCUCUUGGUGGUGCUGACGAGCAGCUUCCACAUAAAGAACAUCCACCAUCGCCACGAGGACGGCUGCACGGCGUUUGUGGACGUGACCGCCCUCGCGGUGAGCAUGGCGGCAGUGUCAGCCCUUCCGCUCCUCGCCAUCUUCCUCUGCUAUCACACCACACAGGGGUGGCAGAACGAACGUGACUCCAGCUGUGCCGAAAAGGAGAGGUCCUCCAGGUCCUUUGAAAUGUCCCUGCCCAACAUCAAGGAUCCUGUUCCCACCUGCUAGACACUGGGGGUGUUUCACACUUGGCUGACUCAACCCAAUUUCUCCCCAACACUGAGUUUCAGUAGGUCUGAGUCUCCAGUGUACUGGUGAUAAACAGCAAUUAAAAUAAUUAAUUCUGCCUUUUUCUUUUUUUUUAUUUUUUUAUACAAUGCAUAACUGGAGGGUCCAAAUGCACACUUCCUCUUUUAUUUUCCUCUUUAAAACCAGGACAUGGGGGAGAGAAGGGCUUUUAAGAGUAGUUGCAAGUGUCUCUCUCAGUAGUUCAUUGUAUCAAUGCGGAUGCAGCCGUGCAGUUACCCACCCCUUCCUUCUGGUGUGUGAGGCCACACUCCACUGCUCGCUCACUGUGUGCAGAUGAUUUCAACGUGCUUUGGAAGGGGAGCAAUGCCGAGUUGGCUCAAGUUAGUUCAAGUUUCAGCAUAACUGGAGGCUGACACAUAACGAGAUGUCGAAUAUUUUGUUCUCAUUACAAUUUUAACUACAAGAUUUAUUUUAUCCUAAAGUGAGUUUAUACCAUAUCAAUGCUGAUUGUGCCUUGGGGAGAACAGAGUUCAGAAAAGAAAGAAAAAAAAAAAAAAAAAAACAAAAAAAACCUACUAUGAACAACUGCUGAAAACAGCAGCUGAGAAUAGGAAGGAGGAACACAGACAGAAACAGCCCUGCAGACACAAGCACUUGUGAGGCGGGGGAGGAAGAUUCAGUGUGCUGAAUCCGAGCUGGUGCUAGGACGGCUGUGCUGGGGCUCUGCAGAACCGCAAAGGGGGGUUAAUUGCUAAUGGUUAAUUGCUGGGACCCUGAAGCAAGGCUGCAGGAAGGCACAGACCUCCACUGCUGCUGCUGCUUUAGGAGAACAACGGGACUGAGGAUGAAAAAGAAUUUCCCUGCUAGUUUGUGUUAGCUAUGAAGAGCCAUGCUCCUCUACAGUUGUGCUGUUACUUUUAGAAGACAAAGCAAGAUUUUUCCUUCUGUUUAAUUACCGGCUGGUCCAUCGCUGCUAGUGACCCUGCUGAGAGCGUUGCUGCAGAAGGAGCUCAACCCUCGUGGCGGUUUGAAAGCACCUGUGGCUCUUUGCCAUGUCCUUCGCAGACUACCUGCUGCUGCUUUUGCAGGUGUCCCGUCUUGCAGCAGAAAUGACAGAGCUCUGGGCAGAGGAAGGAUCCUCUGUCAUGAUGCACGCACCGUCUAUCAGGAACAUCAGCUUGGUCGAGUGGGAAUACAUAAGAGAAGACACCUCCAAAUUAAUCCUGCAGUACUACGCAGAGUCGCAGUCAGUAACCAUUGACCCAGCUUACGAAGGCAGAGUGGUUUUCUACGAAAACAACGGCUCCCUUGUCCUGCAGAAGCUGCGAGAGAUGGACAGUGGCAUCUAUAGAGCAACAGUUAACUUGAUGCAGGACAAAGCAACAACAACCACUCUUAGAGUGCUCAGUCUUACACCUCCUGCCCGUGCUGCACAGAUGAUGACCGCUGCUGCGCUGAUGCUCACUGCCAUCUCUGCCGUCCUCUUCGUUAUCCGGCUCUGUCAGCUGGGGAAGCUCAGACUCGGAAAGAAAGCAUUGAAAUGGUUAAUGAUGUCCAUCCUGGGGCUGCUGUGCACCUUUUCUCUCCUCCUGUUGGCUGCCUCUGUCAUCUGGAUGCAGGAAGAUGGUCAUUCUGCUGCCUGCAUCAGGCUCGUGCUUAUCCUCACAGCUGUGAUCAUGGCCAUGGCACUGACGGUGGUGGCGAUGUCGCCGUGCAGACCAGCAGUGCUCACAUGCUUCGGGUCCAAAGGCUGGCACCGUAUUAUCCUGUGCAUUACAGCCAUAAUGCUGGUAGACAACCUGCUGUUCACCAUCUUCCUGCUCCACAACUUCCAUCAGCUCCAUGAGUGGGGCUGCUCAGAGGCUGUCAAUCUGAUCAUUGGCUUCGUCAUUCCUGCUGUGGCAGUCCUCUCCAUGCGGCUGCUCCUCUUCCUGUGCUCUUACAAGAAAAAUCGGGAGAGGCAGCAGCAGCCGGACCCCCAGGAGGUCACCCACAGCUUACAGACCACAUCCAUCUUGGUGACUUCCAGCACACAUCAGGUGUCUCCUUCUCCAGUUGCUGCAGAUACUUGUAAUGGUACGAUGAAUAUUUAAUACUCACUGGGAAGCAUCCAUAUUGUGAGGAAUGUUUUAACAAUUCCAAUUCGUGUCCAUAAAUUUGUGUCCAUAAAGAAUAAUUCUGUCUGCCUCUGGGCCCUGCACUGGCAAUUUGAUUCUUGAACCACAGAUGCAGUGUGUCCCAG